AUGGUCACGGUCGGGAAAUCGCACGGUGACGCCGUUCACCCGCUACCUACCUCCGAUCCGGUCGGCCCCAGCUCGCCGCCCUCGAAACGGGACUUGGCCUCGUGGUGGAAGCAGUUCAAGCGCAGCACCCGCAAAGAUGAUUUGAAAGUAGAGCCACCCCGCGGUAUCUUCGGAGUUCCGCUUAACGUCAGCAUCAAGUAUGCCAAUGUGGCUAUCUCCCUGACCAACGACCACGGCGAGAGUUUCAUAUAUGGAUACGUGCCCAUUGUGGUUGCCAAAUGCGGUGUAUUCCUCAAAGAGAAGGCUACCGAUGUGGAGGGCAUCUUCCGACUGAACGGCUCGGCCAAGCGCAUCAAGGAUCUCCAGGAGGUCUUCGACUCCCCCGAGCGAUAUGGAAAAGGGCUGGAUUGGGCUGGGUAUACGGUGCACGAUGCGGCGAACGUACUCCGCCGAUACUUGAACCAGCUGCCCGAGCCGAUUGUGCCCCUCGAAUUCUACGAGCGCUUCCGCGAUCCUUUGCGCAUCUACCAACAACAGGUCAAGGAGGGCAAGGAACCUAGCGACGCCGACAGGUUCGAUCAUGCGAAGGCCGUGGAUACCUACCAGCGCCUGAUCAUCGAGUUGCCCCCGUUGAACAAACAACUGCUCCUCUACAUCCUCGAUCUCCUUGCGGUGUUUGCUUCCAAAUCCGACCAAAAUCGCAUGCCGUCGAACAACCUCGCCGCCAUCUUCCAACCGGGCAUGCUUUCCCACCCCAACCACGACAUGUCGCCGGACGAGUACAAGCUCAGCCAAGACGUGCUGAUCUUCCUGAUCGAGAACCAAGACCACUUCCUAUUCGGCAUGAGCGGCACAGCCGCCGACGAAGAAACCAUGAAGGAAGUCGAGGCCGGUAUCCCCCGUCCUGCCCACUCCAGCAUCCGAAGAUCCGUCUCCAACGCCAGCGCGAACACAGAAAGCCACCGCAAGCUCGGUAGCAUCCGCCGAAAUGUCUCGGUAUCAUCUCGCAACUCGCGUCACUCAAACACCGCCCAGAGCCCAGGCACCCCAACAUCUAUCUCCGGCAGUGGUGUUCACAGGAGCAACACCCUGCCUUCGAAAAUGGGUCCAGUCUUGACUUCUGCUCGCUAUGCGCGUGCGAAUGACCCAGCUACGACAAAUCUUGCUGGCCUGGCGGUUUCACAUCAGAGUUCCCGAUCUACGAGUCGGACGCCGUCGGUGCGUGAAGAGCCGGAGGAAUCGACUCAGGCUGUCCACGAGCCGGCUCAUCAUGCCCCUCGCCCUGCUUCUCGUCCGGGAUCUCGGCAGACACUCGAGCCUGUUGCUCAGCCUGUUCCUCAGCCCGCUACUGAGCCGGUCUCUCAGCCCGUCCAGCCCGUCCAGCCCGCUCAGCCUGCUGUUCAAACCGUUGCCCAGCCAGACGCCCAGCCAGUCGUUCAGCCAGUCGUUCAGCCAGUCGUUCAGCCAGUCGUUCAGCCAGUCGUUCAGCCAGUCGUUCAGCCAGUUGCUCAGCCAGUUGCUCAGCCAGUUGCUCAGCCCGUUGCUCAGCCCGUCGCACAACCAGUCGCCCCGCCUGUUGCCCAGCCCACUCAAGCUAGUGCCCAGCCUGCGAUCGAGCCAGCCACGCACUCAGUUGCCGGUAACGCUGCUCAUAGUGAACCCGUUGCUCAACCAAUCCCUCGGGCUUCACACGAAAAAUUGGAAGAGCGUUCUGAUCAACCAAAGAAUCGCCAAUCAACUUCUUUCUCGCCAACUCAAGGCAGUGCGUAUGUGCAUACAUCAACCCAUGGUCCAUUGCCCCCAGCUGCUGCCGAGCGCCUCAGCAUUACUGAAACGGCAAGACCCCACGAGAAUCUCAGCACGCCUAUUGCCUCACCUCCCCAGGUUGUCACUCCAUCUCGCGAACGCAAGCUUUCCAAUUUCUUCACUAAAUCACCGCCCCCUGAAGGUGAACUGAGAGAGCCUCGACAGCCUAACCGGCUGAGAAAGAAGCGCAUUCCAGGUAGUGCAAGCAUGAGCGCACAAAGCUCAACCAAUUCUCUUCACGCCUACGGUGCUGAUUCUGGUGCGGAAUUGCAGCCAAGCAACGAGCACCAUCCUGAAGUGGUCGGUGAUACCACACCCAGACCUCCAAACACAGCAACACUUGGUAACCGCCGUGAGAGUGCUUCGGAGUCCACCUCGGCUCUGACUGAGGGCACCUCGCAAUCACAUCAAGAUCACUCCCUGCGGCCCAAUAAGUCCCGCACACCCUCCAUGAACUCUCGAUCGUCCUUUACAGAUCAGUCCGAUUUGGAUCAGUCCGAAGACGCUCCUCGUAAUGAUCGUCAUGAGCACCGUCGCAGCUGGCGCUUCCACCGUUCGUCCAAACGCACUAGCGAGCAGCUUGGCCUUGGGCUCUCUUCACCGCCGCUGGUAGCAACAAAUCCUGGGGCGGAGCAAAGCACCAGUUCCAUUGGCAGUGGAUAUCACCAAGGCUCCGAACUUUCAAACCAUCCGCUCAGUUUGGAUGCUGGAGUUCAAAGCACCUCAUCAAUUGCCCUCGAGCCCGAAAAGAAAAGUCUCUUCGGCAAAUUCAAGGCAAAGGUCGCUCAGGUUCGUGACGGUGUCAAGGAUGAGCGUGAUCGCACGAAGAGCCCAACUCGCUCGGAUACCGACGCCUCCCUCGCCAGCCAACCUCUUUCGCCAAUCAUCACUGAUUCCACAAAUGGGAAUUCUUCCGAGGCACUGCGCGAACAAAACAAGGAAGACCCAGUCCGAUCUCCUGUGUCGCCAUUCCCUAGCGCUGGCCUGCCUCCGCCUAUUCCGGAAGAGCCACACAGUCCGGUGUUAACCAAUGCUGCGCCUGUUAUUGAACAGAAAGAUUCAGUCCCCAUUCCAGGUGCCGGCUCGGUUCCUGCCCCAAUCGACUCUACCGAGGCAGCCCCAGCCACUGAAGCUGCUCCACUCAACGAGUCGGUCCCAGUCACGGAGCCAGUGAUACCUAGUGAGCCUCCCAAAGAGAGUGCCGAGCCUUCCAAGGCCACUUAG